AUGCGCCUUCAGGGGCUCCCCUUGCCACUCGACAGCUGGGGGACGUGGGCUGCGUGGUCGGACCGCUCCGGCGCUCGACGACGACGGGCCCGGGGUCCCGCGGAGCCCCGGCCCUCGAAGUCCGCCCGCAGCCGGGCACGUGACACCGGCCGGGGACCCGCAGGGCGGGUGGGCCGGGAGCCCCGCGGCGCGUCCGCAGCCUUCCGCGGGAGGAGGGCGCCCCUCUCCGUGGGUGGCCGGCCCAGAGCCUCGGCACACCGCCUCCCCGCCCGGCCGCUCAGCUUGUGCGUACCAGGCGGCUGCUGUGUGUCGCAGCCUUGCCCUUGUUGCCGGGUGACAGGCGGCCACCCGCAGCCGCCGGACGGAAUUGGCCCUUCAAAUGGGACAAUAGUCAAAGAAGUGGAAUUCGGAAUGUGCACUGUGACGUGCGGUGUUGGCAUUAGAGAAGUUCUCUUAACAAAUGGAUGCCCUGGGGGUGAAUCCAAGUGUGUUGUGCGGGUUGAAGAGUGCCGUGGACCCGUGGACUGUGGCUGGGGUAAACCAAUUUCAGAAACUCUUGAAAGUGUUAGACUGGCAUGUGUCCAUACGUCUCCUGCAAAUCAAUUCAAAUAUAUAUGGAAACUUCUAAGGCCAGAACAACAACCCAUUGUACUUGCAAAUGAUUCAGCAAUCCUAGAAGUACACAGGGAAACUCACCCUCUGGCUUUCGAGUGUGACACCCUGGAUAAUAAUGAACUAGUGGCAACUAUUAGAUUCACAAUCUAUACGACUAGUGAAUUGCAAAUGAGAAGAUCAAGCCGACCAGACACUGAUGCCGUGCUAGUUUUUGUGCUGACCGUAGGAGUAUUUAUCUGUGUAUUGGUGAUUUUUAUUUUGAUCUUCAUAAUAAUAAAUUGGGCAACAGUCAAAUCCUUCUGGGGGGCAAAAUGCUCAACAACUGAGAUACAUUCAGAGUUGAGUUCCAUGAAAUAUAAAGAUUCAACAUCUCUUGACCCGUCACCAACAGAAAUACCUGGACAUGAAGAUGAUGCUUUAAGUGAAUGGAAUGAAUGAUGCAUGGAUGAUAUAUGACAAACAAAAGGAUAUUAGAGCAUAUCAGAUUCAUUAUUAUAAAAAUAAAAUAUAUACUUAAAUACUUUUAAAA